AUGACCGCUUCGUUGGAUCUGAAACUUUUUAACUCGCGUAUCAAACGGUUUUACGAACAGUGGGAGGUAGCUCGGGCUAUGUUAUCUUUAAAUUUUAGUCCUCGGAAAACAAGUCCUCCGAUGUCGAUGCUUUUCUCGUCCUUAAUGACCUAUUUUUUUGGCUAUGAGCUGCAAGAAACUGCAAUGCUUUUUGUCAAGAAAGGCAUAACUAUUCUCAGCAGCAGAAAGAAAGUUGAGUUUUUAAAACCUUUGAAGACAUCUGGCAUUGAGAACUUGAAUUUCACCCUCUUAACACGAUCUCAGGAUGAUGCAGACAAGGCGAACAUCGACAUACUUGUCAAAGACUUUGCGUCCAGUGGACGUGGGGAAAAGUUAGGCAUCUUUUCUAAGGAGAUCGAACGAAACUCUGAAAGUGAAUUUUCCAAAUCUGUGGCUUCGAUUCUUAAGUCAAAGGCGAAAGAAGUUGUUGACACCUCUCUGGUAUUUAGCCGUUUUUUCGCUGCCAAAGAGGAAAUCGAAGUGCAGUAUUUGAGAAAAGCCAGUGAAGUUACUUGUAUCCUC